AUGGACACGAUUUUGCAAACAGCGGUUUUGCUGGGCUUUGAUCGUGCACUGCCAACAGAGUUGUGCGGCGAAAUCGAUGCUACGUGUUUGAUCAAUGCUAGGCUCAUUUUGGGUGGACGUCAUGAGGAGGUAAUUCAGGAGCUAUUGAAAGCUACCGGGCUAAUCGGGAAUUGCAGCUUCAAAGACCCCCAGGAUCUGCAUACGCGGCUAAAAAACCAGCUGUCGAGCUCAUUACAAGGCCGCCCAAACCUCGCUCUUCUACUCGCAAUCGCACUGCUACAGUCGUUCAUACAGAGCAACUUUACGGGUCCCGCCGCUGCGCAAUCGGGGUCCGACGUUCUUGCCUGUAUCGACGAGCAGAAGGACAAUCUACACCGGUUUUCCAUCUCGCUGCUCAGUGUUUUGGGCCAAUCUGCUUAUGGGCUGUGCGAUGACGCCAUUUACUUGGUGAUGAGUCUAAUACUGCUCGAGCAAAUCUCGCAGCAGCCGUCUUUGUUCGGGGCCGAUUUCCAGGAAACGGCUGUUGUGGAAAUUUCCCCAUCUGAGACACCUGCCAUCGUGGCCUGUGCUCACUGGUGGCGUGCAAGAGCAAUCAUGGUGCAAAUGUCACUCCUACCGGAACCCACAGGGCCUCAUCCAAUUGUGGCAUCGUCGGUUUUCAACAGCAUAGAUCUAGUGUAUGCCAUUACCAAAGAAAUCCCACCGCAUCUAAAAGCCGGCCUUGAAAAAGAAUUGGGAUUGAGUUUUUACCUUGAAAAUGUCAAAUGCUCCUUGGCCGCGAAUACAGAACAUUUGUGUCUGCCUUCCUUGACAAAGGCUCAGAAGUUAACAGAGUUCCAAUUUGUGCUAACCGGCGCUCGGGCUAAGAGAACCAAAUAUCAAAACGAAUUUCGUUCUGGCUUGAUUAUUAUGGCCCAAUCUCUGCAAACCGCCUCGGAUCUUUCUGAUGAGCUCCCAAAUGGGGCUCCCGAGAGUCUUGCGUUAGAGUCUGAUCACUUACUAGAAAGGCCGAUUUUCGAAUCCAUUGGAAAUGAACCUUUGGACGAACAAAUAGUAAAAAGACCGAAGAAAGACCAGGAAUACGGACUUGACGAAGAAAGACUUCUACCAAUAGCUGUAAGACAAGAAGACAUUCCAGUCGUUUUGCGCGAGCUAGACCCCAAUGAUCAACCUCCUUUAUCUGAUGAUGACAAUGUGCAGCUUCUUCUUCGUAUGCAAGUAAUCCGCCAGACUAGUCCGGCCCAGAACUCUAUGGUGGAACAGGAGCUGGGCGCGAUUGUAAACCGCGUUCUAUACCAAUCGGGACAAAAAAAUUGGACAGUAUUCUCCAGAGCCUUGUGGGAGAGAUCACUUGUUGAAACCACGAAGGCCAAAACCAUCGAGAGAGGUCUAUUACAAAUGCAAUCCUUGGUUGAAGAACUGGGACUCAAGAUCAAAUCUCGCAUGCUCCCUCAAGACAGCAGUGAUGAUCAGACAAAUAACAUCGAGAGACUGAAGUAUGUGCAUAAAUUACCUUUCGUUCCUCGUUGGGCAAUGGAUGCCAAACUGGCAGAGAAGUACAUGUCUUUAGGUGUCCUCAAAUCAGCCGUGGAGAUUUAUGAGAGACUGUCAAUGGUAUGUGAAGCUGCUCUGUGUCAUGCAGCUGUCGGUGAUGAGAAGACCGCAGAGAAAAUUCUGAUUGAGAGAAUCGAGGAAAAUCCAAAUGAUGCGAGAGCUCUAUCUAUCUUGGGAGACAUCAGACAGGAUCCUAAUCUGUGGUUGAAGAGUUGGGAAAUUGGUAAACAUGUCAAUGCUAAAAACUCCUUGGCAAGAUACUACUACAACCCACCAACGUCAUCUGGUUUGAAAAAAGACACAGCUGCAUGUUUGAAGCAUUUGAACGAAUCUUUGCGUUUAUAUCCGCUUGCUUUCGACACUUGGUAUUUCUAUGGAUGUGUCGCUUUGGAAUGUGGUCAAAUGGACAUCGCAGCCGAAGCAUUCACAAGAUGUGUAUCUUUAGACGCUACUCACUCAAUAUCCUGGUCCAAUCUGAGUGCUGCUUUCAUGGAACAGGGCAAGCUUAAGGAAGCUCACAGUUGUCUUAGCAAGGCGAUAAGUUCAGAUUCACCCAACAACUGGAGAAUCUGGGACAACUAUAUGUUAGUUUCGAUGAAGCUUAAUUUGUGGCCAGACGUUCUCAUGGCUUGUCGUAAGCUCGUCGAAGUACGAAAGGAUAAGAUGGGAGAGUUUUCCAUUGAUAUGCCCGUUGUCGAGAAGUUGGUAGAGUUGUUGGUGACCUCGGACUUUCCGGUUGAUGAAAGUCAAAGAUUGACACAUUUCCAGUCUUCUUGUAUGGAGUUUAUAUGCGAUACUUUGCCCAGCGUCGUAACAACAAAUUCUAAAUGUUGGAAACAAGUCGCCAAGGUUGAGAUGUGGAGAAAGAAACCAUGGGCAUCCUUAGAGUGCUACGAAAAAGAAUAUCGCGCCAUGUCGCAUAAUCCUGACCUUGAGUUCGAUGAGCGAGUCUGGAAUGACACCGUGGAGGCCUGUGACGACUUGAUCGCGGCAUAUGAGUCUUUGGGAGAGAUGGAGGGCAAGCACGGGCCGGGCAGUCUGGUGUGCAAAGACUGGAAAUACAAAGCAAGAUCUACCAUAAAGUCGCUAAUGAGCAGGGGGAGAAACAACUGGCAAGACUCUGAAGGUUGGGAAAAACUGGUAGAAUUAAGAAAUAAUCUAUAG